AUGGAUCUAGAUACUCCAAACAUCGAAAAGGAGGCCGUACCCGUCUCCUCUGAUGAAUAUCCAUCCUCCGCUUCCACCGAAACUCCAAACGAAACUCGGUCCAUCCACGGUUUCCGCUGGAUCCUCAUCAACGUCGCCCUUUACGUCUCCAUCUUCAUCUACGGCCUCGACACCACCAUCGCCGCCGACGUCCAAAGCUCAGUUGUUGAAGCCUUUGGCCAUGUUGAGCAACUCGCCUGGAUCGGCGCCGGAUUCCCCCUCGGUUCCGUUUCCGUCAUCCUCCUAUACGGCGAAUUAUACACAAACUACAACAUAAAAUGGGUGUUUCUCGCGUCUACCGUUCUCUUCGAGGCUGGUUCGGCACUCUGCGGUGCAGCACCGAGCAUGUCUGCCUUGAUUGUCGGACGAGUCAUUGCUGGAGCUGGCGGUAGUGGCGUCUUCAUGGGAUGCUUAAACUACUUUACCGUCUUGACAACGCCCAAAGAGAGGGGAAUAUACAUUACUGGAACAGGCUUCUGUUGGGGCAUAGGCGCUGUUCUUGGACCCGUAAUUGGAGGUUCCUUUGUUCAAUCUAGUGCCACUUGGCGCUGGGCCUUUUACAUCAACCUCAUCAUUGCUGCUGCUUUCGCUCCAGUAUAUGUCUUUGGUCUCCCAUCCAUUCAUGCAGCUGAGGGCGCCGCCAUCGCCGUUGUUGAACGCGUCAAGCGGAUCGACUUUCUUGGACUGUUCCUUGGUGCCAGCACCUGGGUUUCUUUUACGCUGGCGUUUACCAUGGCAGGUGGCCAAUGGGCUUGGAACGAUGGCCGAACCAUUGCCACUAUUGUGGUAUUCGUGGCUGUAUUAAUCAUUUUUGGCAUUCAACAAACCUUUUCUAUCCUAACAACCCCUGAAAACCGUUCAUUUCCGAUUCACCUCUUACGGUCUCGCUCUCAGGUCCUUCUGUACAUUGCAACAUCAUCAAACAUCACCUCCCUUUUUAUCAUCGUCUACUUCAUCCCCAUAUACUUCCAAUUCGUCCAUGGCGACACCGCUAUCGAGGCCGCAGUUCGACUGCUCCCAUUCGUCAUCCUCACCGUUAGUUUCAACCUCGCGGCCGGCUAUCUUCUCUCCAAAGUCCGAUACUACAUGCCGAUUUACGUCAUCGCCGGCUUCUUCAUCACUCUUGGCAGCGCAUUGCUCACAGCCUAUCUCGAUCCCAAGACCCCCGCGAAUUACAUAUAUGGCUUCACCGUCAUCGUAGCUGUAGGAUCCGGCUUGACUCUUCAGAUUGGUUACGCAGUCGCCACACUCAAAGUGAGUCCCAAACACAUGGGCGACGCACUUGCAUUACAAAACGUUUCCCAAAUUGGCGGCUCUGUCAUUGCACUUGUUAUUGCUGGUCAGGUCUUCCAGUCCAGUGCCACUCAAAACUUGACCAAAGUGCUGGCUGGCAGCGCGUACAACUUCUCAGCCGCUGACAUUCAAAAUGCCAUUGCCGGGGCCCAGAGUAUCAUCUUUGAAGAAAUCAGUGGGGAUCUUAGGGAUCAAGCCAUUCUAGCUAUUACAAAGGCUAUGCAAAAGGCAUUCAUUCUCGUUUGCGUGGGAGGUGGCGUCCACACGAUUACCGGGCUCCUCAUGAAGCGAGAGAAGCUCUUUGGCGAGAUUGUCCCUGUUGGCGGCGGCUAG